AUGCCGAAACUGCCUCCCUACGAAUAUAAUGGCCCGGUGGACUGUACCAUCCCACCAAAUCGCGCGGUUCUAAAAGGCAAGAGUGUAAUUGUCACUGGAGGAGCAAAUGGCAUGGGCGAAGAGACGGCGCGUGCUUUUGCUGCCGAAGGAGCAUAUGUAACGAUAGCCGAUCUGAACGAGGAAAGAGGGAAGCAAGUUGCGCAGGAACUGAGCCCAAAUGCGCAGUUUGCGAAGUGCAAUAUAACCUCUUGGGAUGAUCAAGUCAAUAUGUUCGAAGCCGCGAUCAAGAAUUCCCCUCAUAAAAGUUGCGAUAUCGUCAUUGCAAAUGCGGGAAUUAGUCGUGCUUCGGGGGACGAUCUGUGGCCCUUGGACGACCCAAACUCCCCUCCUGUGAAGCCAGAGCUGAACAUUGUGAAUGUAAACCUGAUUGGUACAAUGUAUACCUGGAAACUUGCAGUACACUAUUUUCGAAAGCAACCGGACACGGAAGACCGAGAUCGCUGUUUCAUAAUUACUGGAAGUAUGGUAUCUUGGAUUGAUUCUCCAGCAAACUGGCAAUAUACAAGCAGCAAGUACGGAUUGAGGGGACUGAUGAGAACAGCCCGGAGAAAUUCGCACCAACAGGGAAUUCGAAUCAAUUACGUGGCUCCUUGUUAUAUCAAGAGUGCUAUUCGCUCGGCUGCCUACGAAGCUCAACUGAUUUCCAAGGGCGUCGAGUUUGCCCCGCAAGAAGAUGUGGCAACGUGUAUGAUGAAGCUUGCAACAGAUCGCACUAUCAAUGGGCACUCUCUUAUGAUCACUCCGAAAUCGGUUGCAAAGGAAGGAUACAAGGAUGUGGGUAUGGAUGACCAUAUUGAGGAGGGAUAUUUCAAAAGAACUCAAGAGAUCCAAUUGGAUAUAAUUGAAGACAAAUGGGAAGUAGGAUGGAGCAAGGGCCGCACCCAUGAGGGGGCCAAGAAGGAGUGA